AUGAUGGUCACUACAGACACCUUUGUGCCAACGGACUUCAAGAUCACUGUCUCAGAGCUGCGGAGUUUGAUGGAAUUGCGGAAGAGCGAGGCAGUGGCGAAAAUACAGACAACUUAUGGUGAUGUCGUUGAAAUCUGUGCACGGCUGCAGACUUCACCCACGCUAGGGAUAUGUGGUACCCAGACAGAAUUAGCUCUACGUCAAGCUGCAUUUGGAUCAAACUUUAUACCCCCUAAAAAACCUCUAACUUUCCUCGAAUUAGUAUGGGAAGCGCUACAGGAUAUGACGUUAUGUAUCUUAGAAGUUGCAGCCAUCAUCUCUUUGGGACUUUCUUUUUAUCAGCCAGCCGGAGGGAGCAUCGCAGCAUGCCGUCCAACAGAUGUAGGAGGGGAAGAGGAAGAAGCCGAAGCCGACUGGAUUGAAGGAUGUGCAAUCCUUUUAUCAGUCGUGUGUGUGGUGUUGGUAACUGCUUUCAAUGACUGGAGCAAGGAAAAGCAAUUUAGGGGGUUGCAGAAUCGCAUUGAAAAGGAACAGAUGUUUACUGUCAUCAGGCAAGGGCAGUUCAUGCAUGUGCCGGUAGCUGAAUUAGUCGUUGGGGACGUUGCACAGAUCCAUUAUGGUGACCUUUUGCCAGCUGAUGGAUUACUUCUCCAGGGUUAUGACCUGAAAGUUGAUGAGAGCUCCCUCACAGGGGAAUCAAAUCAUGUCAAGAAGUCUUUGACAGGGGACCCCAUGUUACUGUCAGGUACACAUGUGAUGGAAGGCUCUGGGAAAAUGGUUAUUACAGCUGUAGGUGUAAACUCACAGACAGGGAUUAUCCUCACUUUACUUGGAGCCGGAGAGGAUCAGCCAGAGAAAAAUCACUCAGACAAAAAACAUAAAAAGCCAGGUGACAGCCCUAGGCACAGCCAGGGCACUGUUAAAAAGGGCUCUAGUGCAUCUAGGAACCAGAUUGAGGAUGACAAACACAGUGCAAAGAAACGGAGCACACACCCUAAAGAAAAAUCGGUUCUACAGGCGAAACUCACAAGACUGGCCCUUCAGAUUGGCAAAGCAGGGCUCGCCAUGUCGAUGAUCACCGUCAUUGUCCUUAUCACCUAUUUUUUAAUUCAAAACUUUGUGAUAGAGAAGCGUACUUGGACUGUUCAGUGUACCCCCGUUUAUGUGCAGUAUAUAGUGAAGUUCUUUAUUAUUGGGGUGACAAUCUUGGUUGUGGCUGUCCCAGAGGGCCUGCCGCUAGCCGUCACCAUCUCCCUUGCCUACUCUGUGAAGAAAAUGAUGAAAGAUAAUAACCUUGUCCGGCAUUUGGAUGCUUGCGAAACUAUGGGUAAUGCAACUGCAAUCUGUUCCGACAAAACAGGGACUUUAACCAUGAACAGAAUGACUGUGGUCCAAAUUUUCAUUGGCGGUGCACACUACAAAGUUGUGCCUGCCACUGAAUUGAUUCAUCAUGCUCUGCUGAAUUACCUGAUUGAAGGCAUUUCGGUCAAUUGUGCUUACACUUCUAAAAUCCUCCCUCCUGAAAAGGAAGGAGCCCUCCCUCGCCAAAUUGGUAACAAAACAGAAUGUGCUUUACUUGGCCUGCUAUUGGAACUGAACCAGGAUUAUGAGGCUGUAAGGACUAAGAUACCAGAGGAGAAACUGCACAAAGUGUACACCUUCAAUUCCGACAGGAAAUCGAUGAGCACGGUUUUGAAAAAUCCCAAUGGCAGUUAUCGGCUAUUCAGCAAAGGCGCUUCUGAAAUACUCCUUAAAAAAUGCACCCGCAUAUUGAAUGCCACUGGUCAAUCUGGAUCUUUCUCCAAGAAAGAUAGAGAAAAUGUGAUCAACAAUGUGAUUGAGCGAAUGGCCUCUGAAGGACUCCGCACCAUAUGCCUGGCAUUAAAGGAUUUCCCAGCUGGCUACUCGGAACCAAAUUGGGACGAGGAGGAUGACAUUUUCAAGGACUUGACCUGUAUUGCAGUCGUAGGCAUUGAAGACCCAGUGAGACCUGAAGUUCCUGAUGCAAUAAGAAAAUGUCAGAAAGCUGGUAUCGUUGUACGCAUGGUUACUGGGGAUAACAUUAAUACAGCUCGGGCGAUUGCUGCAAAAUGUGGCAUCAUGAGGCCGGGGGAGACCUUUGUGUGCUUAGAGGGGAGUGAUUUUAAUCGACUGAUACACGGUCCAGAUGGAGAGAUUCAACAAGAGCUGAUUGACAGGAUUUGGCCUACCCUUUGUGUCCUUGCGCGGUCCUCACCUGCUGACAAGUAUAACUUGGUGGCAGGGAUCAUUAACAGCAACAUCACUGAACAAAGGCAAGUGGUAGCAGUAACUGGGGACGGCACAAAUGAUGGGCCUGCGUUAAAGAAAGCCGACGUUGGCUUUGCAAUGGGUAUUGCUGGGACCGAUGUUGCUAAAGAAGCUUCUGAUAUCAUUCUCACUGAUGACAACUUCUCAAGCAUCGUCAAAGCUGUCAUGUGGGGUCGGAACGUGUACGACAGCAUUUCCAAAUUCCUCCAGUUUCAGCUCACUGUCAAUGUGGUAGCCGUGAUAGUCGCUUUUACCGGGGCAUGCAUCACCCAGAAUUCCCCUCUGAAAGCUGUACAGAUGCUCUGGGUCAAUCUCAUUAUGGAUACCUUUGCUUCUCUUGCUUUAGCCACAGAAAAGCCAACUGAAGCUCUGUUGGAACGGAAGCCUUAUGGUAGAAAUAAACCUCUUAUCUCCCGUAUGAUGCUGAAAAACAUUGUGCUUCAUGCCACUUAUCAGCUGGUUGUUGUCUUUGCCCUUGUUUUUGCAGGUGAGAAAUUCUUUGAUAUUGAAAACGGGCGGACGGCACCAUUGCAUUCCCCUCCAACCCAGCAUUACACCAUUGUAUUUAAUACAUUUGUAAUGAUGCAGAUUUGUAACGAAGUCAAUGCCCGGAAGAUUCAUGGGGAAAGAAACGUUUUCUCUGGGAUAUUCAGAAAUGCCAUUUUCUGUUGUAUAACUCUGGGAACGUUCAUUGUCCAGAUCGUCAUUGUGCAGAUUGGAGGGAAGCCCUUCAGCUGUGCAAAGCUGACCCUAGAGCAAUGGCUGUGGUCCACCUUCUUUGGCCUGGGGACAUUGCUAUGGGGGCAGUUUAUUGUAUAUAUCCCAAACAGGUAUCUGCGGUUCCUCAGACCACUCGGCGAGCAGCCACCAGAAGAGGAAAUUAUUGAAGAAGAAGAAGAACUCUACGAAGAAGAGAUUGACUAUGGUGAGCGGGAAAUGCGUCGGAUCAGUCAGAGUUCAUGGUGUAGGGGUGUAAACAGAGUGCAUACGCAGUACAGAGUAGUGAAUACUUUCCGUACUCCCCCUUAUGAGUUACAUACCUCAAACAGUAAUAAAACCAUCUAA